ACACACGUUGCGGACACGAGUUGCUGAGGGCUCCCACGUGCUGCGCCCGUGCGCGGAGGCGCUCAGAGGGGCCCACGUCCCGAGGCGCCACCUCCGUGGCUCGGCCCCGCUCUGUACACUCCAGCCGUGCGUCUCCCGCGCAGUGCUGUCCUAUUUAAGGCUAUGAGCUCCACCCUUUUCCGCCCCUUCCUUAAUUUUCACUUUUUUCCAUCCUCCUUUUUUAUCACCCGAGGAGCCGCAUGUACGGGCGGAGCAUGGACUGCUUCCCUUCCAGCCAAUCACCACUUGGCUGCCUCUCUAUUGGCCGAGCCCCCGCGUGCCGUAGCAAAUGGGCUGUGAGCGUCUGCAUCUAGAGUCACGUGUUGCCGGCGCGACCGUAGACUGACCAGCGCAGUGCACCUGAUGGUGAAGGAUGCGAAAGCGGUGGAGCCGGGUGUCUAUGGGGCCGGAACUCUAGGGACCUGAGUUGCAGGUUCUGAUCUUUGGUACUACGGGAGCUGCUCUUCAGCCCCUCUCCUGCUCCUGGACCUAUGGAUUCUCCAUCUAGUGUUUCUUCUUAUUCCUCCUCCUCCCUCUCCCCAUCAUUUUCCACGUCCUCUGUGAACAGUGACUUUAGCUUCCCUUCUGAUAACGAGAGGGAGGGCAAGGGCACCCAUGAGCUCAGGCCAGACACUGUGGGUCAGAGAGGAGGUUCCAGGCCCAGUCCAGGCCCUAUCCGCUGCAGACAUCGACCCAGGGUUUCUAGUAACCAACAUACAGCACCUCAUCUGGAACAGCAAGGAUCUGAAGUCAAGAGAUCAAGAGACGGUGAACAGGAGACGAGUCUGAACACCCAAGGAUGUACUACAGAGGGAGAUCUGCUCUUUGCUCAAAAGUGUAAAGAACUCCAAGGGUUCAUACGGCCCCUCACAGACCUACUGAACGGACUCAAGAUGGGUCGCUUUGACAGAGGAUUAAGUAGCUUCCAACAGAGUGUGGCCAUGGACCGGAUCCAGCGCAUAGUGGGUGUUUUACAGAAGCCUCAGAUGGGAGAACGUUAUCUAGGAACCUUGCUGCAGGUGGAAGGGAUGUUAAAGACUUGGUUUCCUCACAUAGCUGCCCAGAAGUCAUCCUCAGGAGGUAGCCGGCACCAGAUAAGCAAGCACUUUCCCAGCCACCACGGUGACCCCGGGGCUGCUUCUCCUGCACCUCUCCUAGAGAAGAUGGGCCAAACACAGCUGGGACAUUUAGUUUUGAAACCAAAGCAGCCUUGGCAUCUCACUGGAUGGCCAGCUAUGAACCUCACCUGGAUUCAUAGCACUCCAAUUUGUAACCCUCCCCUCAGCUCCCAAGGCUCCGCCUCUGGCCACAGCCCCAUAGGCACUGGAGCCAGCAUUGGUGUCAUCCUUGUCCUCCAGAAAGGAGGACAGCCCUUCACCCAUUCUGCCCCGGGCACUCCGGUCCCACCAACUCCACUGUCUCCUGUCGUCCCUGGUGAUCUGAAGAAACUGCCUGGCGAGGAGCCUCGUUGCCACAGUUUGCCAGUAACACUGCCAUCAGACUGGAGUUGCAUCCUAUGUCCGCCUGUCCUGCCUACCACAGACAGAGAGAUGACUAAAGGACACCCAGAGCCACAGAUGACUAGCCAUCCCCCAGUUGCUCCGGAUCCUCAGCCCUAACCCAGGCUCUGCUUCUUUCCCCUGAUUCCCAAUUUGUAUAAAUGUAUGUUUUAUGUGUAUUUUUUUUUUUACUUUAAUGUAUUUGUGGUGAGGAAAUAGAAAUCCUUUCUGAUUAAAGACAUUUUUUACUUAAA